UCCCGUGCACGAAAGACCCCCCGCCCCGCCCCCCCCGCGUGAACGUCACCGCGCUGUUGCGUUGCAUUUGUCCAGAUUACACAGCGGAGCCUUUGAGAGACGAGAGAGAGCAGCUACCGUCCAUCAUGGCAGGAGAUAUGAUGCUGGUGAUGCGAGGCCUGGCCAAGCUGAGCCAGGCGGUCGCGGAGACUCAGGGCAGCGCCCUGCGCGGCGGAGCAGGCCUCCCGGCAGUUGGCGCUGCGGUCCAAAGCGCGCAGUCGGCCGCUGAGCAAGGCCUCUCUGCCGCCAUGGCGACGAUGCAGGGGCUGAGCGGCCAGCAGCGGACGUCUUCGCCGGAGUCCGACGGCGACUUCCCCCAGGACGACGCGGCGUUCGCGGCCUCCGAGUUCCGGGAGGACGGCGCGGACUUUGCAGGCGAUGGAACGGGGAGCAGUCAUGACUUUGCCGCCAAACCGUCGCUGUUUGAGGGGUACAAAGAUCCCAGCAAGCAGUUCAGCGGACGCGCCAGGUCCUACCACCAGGACGCCAGCCGCUUCUACAGCCACGGCCCCAGCCGGCAUCUGUGGGGGCAGCUGAGGAGCUACCACCAGGACCCCUCCGCGGUCGGGGGACUCACCGCCGAAGACAUGGAGAAAGCGCGCCAGGGCAAGAAGGCCGAGAUCAAGUCGCACAAACAGAUGCUGAGCGAGCGAGCCAGAGAGAGGAAAGUGCCGGUGACUCGGCUCGGCAGGCUGGCCAACUUCGGAGGUCUGGCUGUGGGUUUGGGGUUUGGAGCACUGGCCGAGGUCGCUAAGAAGACCAUGAGACACACCGGCACAGCAGGAGAAGACAAGAAGGGCGUGCUGGACUCCAGCCCCUUCCUGUCCGAGGCCAACGCCGAGCGCAUCGUCAGGACCUUGUGUAAGGUCCGGGGCGCCGCGCUGAAGCUGGGCCAGAUGCUCAGCAUUCAAGACGACGCGUUCAUCAACCCUCAACUCGCCAAGGUCUUUGAGCGCGUCCGACAGAGCGCUGACUUCAUGCCGAUCAAGCAAAUGACGAAAGCGCUGAACAGCGACCUCGGCCCCAACUGGAGGGACAAGCUGGACUCGUUCGAGGACCGGCCGUUUGCAGCGGCGUCCAUCGGCCAGGUUCACCUGGCGAGGACGAAGGACGGCAGGGACGUGGCCAUGAAAAUACAGUACCCCGGCGUGGCUCAGAGCAUCCACAGUGACGUCAACAACCUGAUGACCGUGCUCAAUCUCAGCAAUGCCCUGCCCGAAGGUCUGUUUCCAGAGCACCUGAUAGACGUGAUGAGAAGGGAGCUGGAACUGGAGUGCGAUUACAUCCGAGAGGCAAAGUGUGCAAAGAAAUUCAAGGAGCUGCUGAAGGACCACCCGUUCUUCUACGUGCCCGAGGUGAUCGACGAGCUGUCCGGCAGCCACGUCCUGACCACCGAGCUGGUCCCCGGGUUUCCCCUGGACCAGGCCGCCGGCCUCACGCAGGAGCUGAGGAACGAGAUCUGCCACAACAUCUUGCUGCUGUGCCUCCGGGAGCUGUUUGAGUUCCGCUUCAUGCAGACCGACCCCAACUGGUCCAACUUCUUCUACGACCCGCAGACCCACAGGGUGGCGCUGUUGGACUUUGGAGCCACGAGGGGAUUUGAUCUGAGUUUCACCGAUGACUACAUCGAGAUAAUCCGUUCAGCCGCUGAGGGCGACAGAGAGGGAGUUCUGAAGAAAUCCAUCGACAUGAAGUUCCUGACGGGAUACGAGUCCAAGGCAAUGAUGAGCGCCCACGUGGACGCGGUGAUGAUCCUCGGCGAGGCCUUCGCCUCCACGGACGGCUUUGAGUUCGGGUCGCAGUCCACCACGCAGAGGAUCCACAACUUCAUCCCCGUGAUGCUCAAGCACCGGCUCACCCCCCCCCCCGAGGAGACGUACUCCCUCCACCGCAAGAUGGGCGGCUCGUUCCUCAUCUGCGCCCGGCUCAACGCGCAGCUGCAGUGCAAGGACAUGUUCCACGCGGCGUACCAGAGGUACUGGGAGGGCCGCACGCCGCCCGGCCAGUCGGCCUGAGCCGAUCGGGGCAACGCGGUGGACAGGAGGGGAGGAGCACGUGGGGGGGGCGGCGGCGAGGUUGCGGUUUGAAGGAGCGGCGGCCGUCUUACCCGGAGGCAGCAGCUCUUAAGCACUUAUUCGGUCGGUUGGAGAGGGAGGGACUUGAGGUGGGUGGAAGGAGGGAGACGGACGGUUCGGGAGUUGAUCUGUAAACGUCAGCCGGUGCGACUCUGGUCUCCUCGCCGAUGUUUCCGAGAUGAUUCUUGCGUUUUUGCUUUGCUGUGUUGGAAAGACGUGAAAUAGGACUGAACUGUAAAUGUAGCCCCGCUGUCAUGUGGUCAGUGUGAGGCAUCUUAUUGGCCGGGACCAACGUAGCGGGGAAGUUUUGAUUUAGAUUGGAUGUCAAUCAUGUGUAGAUGCAAGACAAAGCCCUUUGGGUGAAGGGGAAUUUAAUUUUAGGCGGAUAAAUUCAUCUGUAUAAAAACGUGACUUCACACCCGAGUUUAACUGUCUGUGUUUUCAGAUUUGUGUUUGUGACUUAGCUUAGCGAGUCUGUUUUCCAAGUGACCAUUAAGAUUAAGAUUUAUGUCCAACGUUAAGAGUGAUUUCACCAAGUUUGUGCCUGCGGGAAAAGAAAAAAUAAAUCUAUUUUUUUCUAA